AUGGUUCAUUUACAGACCAAGCUUGAAGCUGAAACAAUCCUGGGCUCUACCCGAAAGGCGUGUUUGUAUGUAAGCAUCAGCAGUACCAGGAUUUUCGCGAAUGUGAAAUUCUUAGGCCGCAAAACUCUUCACGAAAGGGUAUCUGGAUAUACUGAUUUAUAUUGGGCAAUAUCAACAAAUCAUGCAUAG